CCUGGAAAUCCGUUAGAAAGAGAAGCGCAUUGUCAACUUCUAUAAGUGUCGGACUUGGCACUUGGUAAUGUCAGUUAGCAUUCGAUUUGCACCUCGAAGAACGUAAAGCAGAAAAAAACUCUCCACACACACAUUCCACAUGAAAACCAAAACGGUUAAAGGAAAUUGGAGAUGGAAUUGGAGGAUGAACAAGCUCGACUUGCCUUCCGUCUUCCUUAUUUGCAUCUUCUUCUUUCUCGCUGGAUUCUCUGCUUCCAGUCUCUUCUCUCCCUCUCAGGAACAUGAAUAUGACCUGAGGCUGAUACCGAGAGCGAGGUUACUUGAAAAAUCGACGCACGAGAAGACGGAGCAUCAUUUGUUGAAAGCCGGAGACUCCGGCGACGAUUACAUUACAUUGAUUCCUUUUCAGGUUUUGAGUUGGUAUCCUCGCGCUCUGUACUUUCCUAAUUUUGCGAGUGCAGAACAAUGUGAAACCAUAAUUGAAAUGGCAAGGGGAGGACUCAAGCCGUCAACAUUGGUGUUACGCAAGGGAGAAACGGAGGAGAGUACAAAGGGAAUCAGAACAAGCUAUGGUGUUUUUAUGAGUGCUUCUGAGGAUGAAACGGGCAUUUUAGAUUCCAUUGAGGAGAAAAUUGCCAAAGCAACAAAAAUACCAAGGACUCAUGGAGAGGCAUUUAAUAUUCUACGCUAUGAGGUUGGACAAAAAUACAGUCCUCAUUAUGAUGCAUUUGAUGAGGCAGAAUUUGGCCCACUGCAGAGCCAAAGAGCAGCUUCUUUUUUGCUGUAUUUAACUGAUGUUCCAGAAGGUGGGGAGACCUUGUUUCCGUAUGAGAAUGGAUUCAACAGGGAUGGUAGCUAUGAUUUUGAGGACUGUAUCGGUUUAAGAGUAAGACCACGCAAGGGGGAUGGACUUCUAUUUUAUUCAUUAUUACCUAAUGGUACUAUUGAUCAGACAUCAGUCCAUGGAAGCUGCCCCGUCAUAAAAGGAGAGAAGUGGGUGGCAACAAAGUGGAUAAGGGAUCAAGUGCUGGACGAUUAGAUGAAUGCUACCUGCAAUUGACUUUCAAAUUCUUACACCACCAGUAGCAGUAUUUAUGUCACUUUAAUAGCCAUUAAGAUUUUUGAGCUAAAAUGUUUAUCGCAUGGUGAAUAAUCGGGGCCAAAAUUUCAUUAGAUACGGAAAUUGUGAAACAAGGGCUGGACAGUGCACAUUUAGAUAGGAUACGGUGUUUAGAUAGGAUACGGUUAAAUCACAUUCAAUAAACCAUUUCUAGAGGGUGUUGGUAGGUGCACUUUCUAGGGUGUUGGUAGGUGCACCAGAGACAUGUACAUCAGCAUUAAAAUAAAAUUCUAAAAAUAUCCUUAAGUGUUUUUUAUUUUCUUUUAA